AUGAAACCAAAUAGUGUUACAUGGUGGUUAUGUUCGAUCCUUUGCAUAGUUUUAGCUUGUGUUCAAUUUCAAGGGUGUGUGGGAUCCAAGACCAAGAGAACGGAUGAAGCAUACGUCACUCUUUUGUACGGAGACGAAUUCUUGUUGGGUGUUCGAGUUCUGGGAAAAUCAAUACGUAACACUGGAUCCAACAAGGACAUGGUCGUGUUGGUCUCCGAUGGUGUAUCUGAUUAUGCCAAAAACCUCCUCCGGGCUGACGGGUGGAUAGUGGAGUUGAUUAGUUUACUAGCUAAUCCUAAUCGAGUGCGUCCGAAGAGAUUUUGGGGUGUCUAUACAAAGCUCAAAAUAUUUAACAUGACCGACUACAAGAAAGUUGUUUACCUUGACGCGGACACUAUUGUGGUUAAAAAUAUUGAUGAUCUUUUCAAGUGUGGGAAAUUCUGUGCAAAUUUAAAGCAUUCUGAAAGGUUGAAUUCAGGAGUCAUGGUGGUGGAGCCAUCGCAAACUGUUUUUAAUGACAUGAUGAGCAAAAUAAAAACUACUGCAUCUUACACUGGAGGCGAUCAAGGUUUUCUCAAUUCAUAUUUCUCUGGAUUUCCCAAUGCACAUGUUUUUGAGCCAAAUUUGAGUCCAGAGGUGUUGAGUUCCAGACCAAUUCCUGAAAUGGAGCGACUAUCUACACUGUAUAAUGCUGAUGUCGGUCUUUACAUGCUUGCUAAUAAGUGGAUGGUAGAUGAAAAUGAACUCCGUGUGAUUCACUAUACACUGGGCCCCCUUAAGCCUUGGGACUGGUGGACUUCUUGGCUUUUGAAACCUGUUGAUGUCUGGCAGGAUGUCAGAGAACAGCUCGAGGAAUCCCUUCCUGGAACUGGAGGGGGGCAAAAUCCUAAAGACAGUGUUCUUGUGAAAUUUCUCUUUUUGCUACCUUUAUGUGCUUUAUUUUUCUACUUCUAUCAUUCAUAUAUGAAGAAUCAAGGUCACUUCAGUUCUUUUUGUAGAAGCUCACCAUGUGAUCAAGUCAGACACCUUUAUUAUAGGAUUAGAUCAAAUGGGCCACUUGCUUAUAAUAGUAUUUUGACAUCAACAACUAAUCCAAUCCAUCAGCUCUUAAUUGGUGCUCAGAACAAGGUUCCGGCUUAUUUGGGUGGUAUUUCUGUCUUUGUCUGUUUUGUGGUUGCGGUGGUGUCUUUGGGAUUAUCCCUCUUGAUUGUUCCUCGGCAAGUGAUGCCAUGGACUGGAUUGCUUUUGAUGUAUGAGUGGACAUACACAAUUUUCUUUAUAUUAUUUGGAGGUUAUCUCCUUUUGAUUUAUCAGUGGGGAAAAAUUGUGGGAUCCCGAGUAGCAUCCUCCUUGUCACAUCCUGGAUCAUCCGAUCAUGAUUCUGAAAAAGGACAUCAACGACCGAUGUCAUCUUAUGAUGUUGCUACAUGGUACUAUGGUUUAGGGAUGGCUUUGUUGGCGAUUGCAGCUCCAUCUUUGCCUUGUCUUUUUGGAAUAACUGCCUUGUUUGUAAGGUUAGGUUUGAUGGUUGUUGGUGGCAUAAUAUUGGCUUCUUUCAUGACAUAUGCUUCUGAACAUCUUGCUAUCCGAUCAUUUCUUAAAGGCUUUGAUGAGCGUGACAUUGCUCGAAACAGCAACUCGUGUUUCCUAUGA